UUGAGGAUUCUCCCUGCCGGUGACACUCAGCCUGCCCACUCCUGAAGAUGGUGUGCUGGUCCAUGGAAUGUUUAUGGAUGGGUUCCGCUGGGAUGAGAAGGAAAUGGUGGUCACAGACUCCAUUAAAGGCAUAAUGAACUCGGCCCUGUGUAUGUUCCACAUGGAGCCUAAGAUGGACUUUGUGCCUGACGAGGCAGAUUACAUCGCCCCACUAUACAAGACCUCAGCCAGGGCUGGAGUCCUGCCCACAACAGGACAUUCCACUAACUUUGUGGUGUUUGUUCACCUGCCUUCUAAGCAGCCUCAAGACUACUGGAUAUCCAAAGGGGCUGCCCUCUUGUGUCAACUGAAUGACUAAAGGGCAGACAACUCUAAAGCAUUUAAAUGGAACUUUUGUUUGUAAGAGUGCUUAGCUUAUAUUGCACAAUGAGUGUGAAAGUUGAAAAAAUUUGUACAUACAGAUUCCACAAAUAUUCCGUCCUUCAAGACUUUAUUUAUUUGUUAUAAGAAAUGUGAUAAUUUUACAAGUAUUGGAGUGCAUUUUUGAUUUUAUUUCUAUUAGAUUCAUGAUAUACUUUUGUAUGUAAAUAUGUAUUUUUGUUGACUUAAAAGAUGUCUUUUCUAAUAAGUGCAAGUUGUUAGAUGAAAGCCUUUAAUCUGUAUUUUCUCAGAAAUUAUUUAUUUUUAUUUUAUUUUAUUAUCUAACUGUGUUUUGGG